UAACUCUGUCUUUCUCUCGCAUGUGAAGCGAUAUGUUGGUGUGGAUACUUUCACUUGCUUGCACUUUCGGAUGAAUACCUACAUACCCUAACACCUUUCUAUACUCUUUUCCACAGCAACAAGCGUCAUAGGAAUCAUUAAUCAUGGGCGAUGACUGGUGGGACGACUUUUCCAACAACCUUGCUACAGAUCUUGCUCCCCUUAUCAGCCUUUUCGGGGAAAAUCCGACCAAGCAGUAUCUCAGCGAAUGCUUAACCAUUUUAGAUAUUGUUAUAUUCUCUAUGGCCCCCCUUGGAGUUAUCACUGCCGUUGUAUCUGCAAUUCGAGUGUGUGGGACACCAUCGCUUAGAGCUUUCGUUGGGAGAGCUCAAGAGGGAGCCGGCACAGUUGAAGCAGAAUUAUGUUCAUCUACUAGCCGUGACGUUUGUGAGCUUUACACUAAUGGAGGUAUUGCUCGUGUUUUCGGUCGUCCUAAGCUACUCGAAGUCAUACACGAUCCCAAGUAUUCGGGCAAUGCAUUUUAUCCUACAGAUGGAAGCAAGCUAACGGCUGGUAUAUAUUCGUUCCGGCAAUACAUCAAAACAAAAAACGGAAGUGAAGAAUGGAGCGAGACACAAAAACGGAAUAAAUCUUCGGGAUCGGACGAAGAGAACCAUGUCGGAGCAAAGCCAGCACGUUUCGCACCAAACCCAAAUCUUUCCCUCAAUGUUGGAAUCAAGCCAUUAGGUCGUGGUUGGUUUGUUUUUGCGGCCAUACUAGGGAUUAUGAUGCAGUCUUUCGUAUUGGUAUGGGCAGUUCUCACAAGAUACCACUAUCAAUGGACACGAAACCCUAAUGAAGACGACUAUGCGGUCCCGUUGAUGGUAAUCGGGACGAUCCUACUUUGCCUCGGAAUGGCUCUAUGUGCUUACUUGAUCGAAAGCAAAACUAAGGAGCAUGUAUUUGAAAAGAAAGUUAGUCCUAACGCCAAAGCUACGAUCAAAUCUAGGUUCUAUUGGGUCCAACCAGGAAAUCAAACCAUAGGCGAUCAGAUGUUUGACCCCUUUGGGUAUUCGGACACCAAAUUCCCCUUACUGAAAUAUAUCACGUCGUACAAAGACAAAAAGGGAAAUGUUACGAUGGGCUAUAUUUGGACCGCAGUCUCAUUAUCCACGAUAGGAUUUAUCUGCCAGUUUUUAGGUCUCAGAGCAUGUCACUCAUCUGUGUCAGUCCUCCAGCUGGGUGUGACCAUCAUUAUGAGCAUCAUCCGUGCAGGGCUUAGAGCCCAGCGACUAAGGGAGGAGGAUAACGGCAUGGCGGGAGACCCAAACUUCUUCCAGGGGCACGAACUGGACUGGUUGGCAAUCAAGAUUGGUCAGUCUGAUAUGCCUUCUAAACCCAACACCUGCAAAUGGAGGAUUAUUAGUACACAGAGGACAAGUUGCGCAGACACUACUAUUAGCACUGCCGUAAAUGUGUCUUCCUAUUCCGAAGCCCAAGGAAAAAAUAUAUCUUGUGUAUUGGAAAUACUUCAAGGGGUUUCAGGCGGUUUGCCUAUCCUUUCUGGGUUUCGAAUCCAAUCAUACGAGUCUAAUCCAGCGGAGAGUGUUAUGAAAGUGGCUGAGAAGGAGAUUGCUCGGUGGAUCUCAGCAGAAUACUGCACUGGAAAAACUCAGCAUUAUUGUACACUUGAUAGCUGUGAGUUGGGCCCGAAUACGACCGUGAAGACGUGCUUUUAUAGAAGUCGGCUUGCUCGUAUGACAGGGCUGGAAGAACCAGAGUCGGAACAUAGCAGUCACUGGGGUAAAAGACACAUUUUGGUUCGAGAUACGGCCAUAGCUUUGGCGCAGGCCAUUGAAGAAACUAUGCAAGUUCUCUUUGCCUCAGACUCUCAGCAAUCCGUCAAACUUUCUGGAUCAUGGGGACAAACCUUUCGCUUAUUCUGGGCCAUUCAAUCCUCAUACUCAUUAGAAGAUGAAACUAUCCAAAUGUCAUUACGAAGAGAAAUUAACAAGGACAGACUUCCUGAAGGUCCGUGGAAAGCUGAAGCUUCUGAAAUAGAAGCUGUCCUUGGCUUAUGGUUCUGGUCAUUAAAAGAGAAAGAGCCGCGCGACAGUCAGGAUGCAGAAGACGUCGGCUCUAAGAAGUUUGAUAAGCGCAUAAGUCGUAUUCUAUCGACUAGUCGAAUUAAAAAGAAUAUAUCGGGCGAAAUACUGGAUUUGUAUAUCUGGGGGGGUGAAAGGGAAGUGAAGAUACAAGACUGCCGAUUAAAGGUACAAGACGCAGAUACCCAGCCAGGAUCUGGAAAUGUGUCCGAAGCAGAAGGAGACGAACAUCAAACCAAUCAAAGCUCGAGUCCGGGGAGAAACAUCAACCGCGCGGAAGUCGAGAAUGGAGUAUGGUGGAAAGAUGGAUACAAAUUUGUUGUUGGCGUUGGCGAAAACAGACCCCCUAGCGAAUCAGACAACCAGCGACGAUUUUUUGGCUGGUGUAAUAUGAAAGAUACUUCGCUAUACGAUGAUUUUAAUGCUUUAGUGAUGACUUCCAAAAGCUCCCUUUUAUUAAAUUGCGCGCAAGAAAUCUAUUCUUCAUUCUUAUCCGCAAUUAUGACGGCUGUUCAGGAUAUUGGGAAAAUAGAAGCUAGGCGACAUCAGGAUGGUAUUAAGGUCAACAAUGAGACUGUCGACAAGAUCCGGGGAAUUCUUAUUAAAAGAGGUCUGUGUGACGAAGAAGAUGCUUUCGCGUGCACCAUCCCGAUUUUGAGAAAUCAACAUAAGCUUCAACUUCCUGACAGGAUUCUGGAUGAGAUAUUGGAAUGGACCGAAAAUUCGGCAAAGAAGAGUCUGCUGGGGAAUAAAGGGAAAGUAUUCCGAGAAUUCAUUGACUGUAGACUUGAUCGUUCGUAUUCAAGUCUGGGGUCAAUAAGCGGACAGGAAAGUUCGUUUGAGAGACUAGAGGCUAUCAAUCAAGUCAGGCGCACCGUCAUAGGGGCCUGCGAAAUCUAUCGUCGGGCUCUCCUGCGGGGGGACUACACUAUUGGAUGUUGGGGAAUUCUUGGAUGGCUCCGAAGGUACUCAAGAGACGAAAAGAUGAUGAGCAUCCCACUUGUCUGGGUUGAUUUUGGGGGUCGGACAGAUCCAAACAAUUUUCAAUCGACACUUAGCCUUGCUGAGACGAUCAGAUGUUAUGCCACCGCUGCCCUGUAUCACCUACAGAUGGAAGAAGGCGGGUAUGAAUUCUCUAACAUGAAAGAUUGGCUACAGAGGGAUUCAGGCGUGGAAGUCAAACCAAAAGUAAAGGCAGACAACCUUGUUCAAGCGAUUGAGAAAUCUGAUUUAAGCGCCACCCUCUAUUUUCUGGGGCGGGAACCUCUCGACGAGCCAUCAAAAACUUCUGCAUUUAUUAAUGUCUGUCAACUAGGCUGGUAUAUGGUUGUCGAUGUUCUGGUCGAGCUUGGCGCAGGAGAAGAACAAGAAGAUAAAGACAGACUCUUUUAUGCCUCCGAAGUUGGAGAUAUCAACAUGGCGAGACUAUUGAUUGGAAAGAGAGAUAUGCGAAGGCAAGACAACAACAAGGACCAUGAUUUUCGUUGUAUGGUCGUUCGCGAAGUAGCAGAACAAGGACAUGCGAUAAUAUUCAAAGACAUGAUACAAACCUGGAAAAGCCGGUCAAUAUUUGAUGAUGAUCAGAAAGGCAUGACGCCAUUAAGUCUGGCUAUCAUAUCGGGGCAUCAUCAUAUUAUAAAUUUACUUCUCAGCAACAGGCUAGUAAAUCCUAAUGACUAUAGUACGGAACUACCAGCGCUUCAUUUAGCCAUUGCGGAAGGAAAACAGGACAUGGUGGAACUACUAUUAAAAUUUGACCAAGUUGAUCCAAACCACCACGAGGGCAACAUAAUCGGUUUCCCGCCGCUAAUAUGCGCCGUUAGAGUUCAGAAUGAGUCUAUUUUUGAGAAGAUUCUCAACAUGCAGAGAACUUAUGCAGACUAUUGCGGCCAGAUGCGCAGGUCGGCUCUUUGGUGGGCGGCGGCCUUAGGUCUUGAUUCUUACGUCCAAAAGCUCCUUAGCUCUGGAAAAGUGGACGUGGACUUAAGGGACGACAAUGGUGAUACACCACUCUCAAUCGCGGUGCAAGCAGGUCAUCGCAGGGUAGUUGACCUACUACUUAAGAUACCGGAAACUACUGUCAACUUAAAAGCGGUCUUAAUUGCUGGUAAAAAAGGCUAUCAAGAUAUUGUUCAAAAGGUCCGACCGCGAAUUGUAAAGAGUGAAAGAGCAUUGUUCGACAAUGACGAACGAAUUAUAUGGCGUAACGUCGAAGAAAAUAUAUCAUUGGACGAAUUAAAUAGGGGCGGAAAAGAAAUCGACUGGGAUAGACUGGAAAUUGAUGAGAGAUAUAUUUCUGAAGAGCUGGACUAUGCUUCAUGGUUAGCUAAUGAGCCAUUCGAUGUCAUAAGUGGCUAUGAGCCUACUAAUCGAAACUUGCCUGAGAAUCAGGGACAUACUUCAUUCACAGGGAAAGCCCUAGACGAGGAGGAGACUAAUGUUUAAGUCAUCUUGGGAAGUACAUUGAUGCAAUCCAUUAGACAUCUAAUGUUUCAAACGCUAUCGCAACUAAGAAAGGACCAUGCUCAGGCACACAACGAAGCGUUAUCGUCACAGGCAAGAAACGGCCCCAACCCAAAGAACAUGGCAAUCUCACGCGCCGCCAUGUACAUAACCUUGACGCACUUAGAUACCACUGCUCAACCUAUACGCACUUCCUCGAUCUGUAUUGCAGCGCGCUUGAAUCUAAUACGAAAUUCUUCAAGACGGGCCUUCCAGAUCUUCUUCAGCGAUUCCUCGCUCUCACCCUCAAGCCGUAUAAUUUCUUCCUCCGGCAUCCAGACACCCUGUAUGGCGUCAUAGUCUGAUCGUUCAGCUGUGACACACAAGUCGAAUUCCGGGGUGAGGUACAUAUAGCCGCGGUGAUUGUCCAAGCGUAUCGUGAACAUCUCUUCGCAGAGAUCUAUUGCUCUCUCAAGGAGAUCCAACUG